AUGGGGGACCGCAACGACCAGACGUUGAUGGACAAAUCGAUGCGCUCGGUUUUCGUUGGGAACAUACCGUACGAGGCAACUGAGGAGAAGCUGAAGGAUAUUUUCUGUGAAGUUGGCCCCGUUUUGUCGCUAAAGCUGGUGUUCGAUCGGGAAAGUGGCAAACCUAAGGGCUACGGGUUCUGUGAGUACAAAGACCAGGAGACGGCCCUUAGUGCCAUGCGUAACUUGAACGGCUACGAGUUUGGUGGUCGAUCGUUGCGCGUCGACAAUGCUUGUACGGAGAAGUCGCGCAUGGAAAUGGCCGCCCUUCUGCAGGGGCCACAAGUUGAAAACCCAUACGGGGAGGAAUGUAAUCCCCAGGAAACCCCGGACAUCAUUGCGAGAGUUGUGACGGGUUUGCAGCCCGAUCAGAUGUACGAGAUGAUGCGGCAGGCAAAGAUUUGCGUACAGAACGAUCCGAACGAGGCCAGAACUAUGCUGCUGGAAAACCCGCAGCUCACGUACGCACUUCUGCAGUCGGCCGUGGUGAUGCGAAUUAUCGAUGCCCAUGCGGCAACCUCAUUUUUGCAUGGCCGCCAAUCCCUGCUACCGACAAUGACGGAAGAUGGACCGAUACUAAUGGGACCGAACCACGAGAAAAUGCCUGCAGCAGCUAUGUACGGACCGGAAACCAACGGUGGAUCGAUUGUCGGGCACGUGUUUCACGAUAGCGACGAAAGACAACAUCUCAACGAGCGACCACACCUUAACGAACGACAGCACCACAACGAACGUCCACACCACAACGACCGGAUGGGCCCGGCAGCACCACCGAGCAUGGAUAUGGAUCUGAGACUGAUGGAUCCGUUUGUGGGACAACGUGCUCCGGAAGUUGCUGUUCCCGAACCAUUCCUGCCUGCCGAUCCACGACAGCAGCGCCCCAUGGAUCCUCGCCUAAUGAAAGAUCCGCGUCUAGAAGCUGCAGCAGCAGUAGCUCCCGGUGCUGUUUUGGGAGCUAGUAACAAACCACCACCAGCUUCCAGUUCCAUCGAUCCGAACGCGGAUAAAUCCGCAGCAAAACCAGGAACCUCGGCCGACGCCUCGGACCAAGAAAAGGCAGCGCUGAUUAUGCAGGUGCUACAGCUUUCGGACGAACAGAUCGCCUUGUUGCCACAAGAUCAGCGCGCCAGCAUCCUCGUGCUGAAGGAACAGAUUUCACGAAACACACAAAAGUAA